UAAACACAACACAGAGGAUGGUGCAAAAUUUUUGGGUCUUACAAAGUUUAAGCAAAACACAAGAGAUCCUCAACAAUCUGUAAUCUUGAGUAGUGGCCAAACUCAGUCGGUUGCUUGCCACCGUUUCCUUCCGAAUGGGUUUCGUACAGCGGGCACUCUUCACCUGGUUUAUAUUGGUAGUUUUUCUUGCGGUAUUAUGCCUGCGGCUGGAGAAUCGCAUUUACUGGAACUGGUUUCUUGUGUUCAUUCCGCUGUGGCUGUACGACAUCAUCCUAGUGACGUGGGCCGUGAUCGAAAUCGUUCAACGACAGCACGCAAACCGGCUGGUGUCGCUGCACCGCUACAAGUACUACGUGGUCGGAAUUUUGCUCAAAAUUUUGUCCCAGAUUGCCAUCUGUCUGAGGCUCGAAUACAAAUGGAUGCCAAUGCUCGCGAUGAUGAUACCCAUCUGGAUGCUACUGGUCAUGCUGAUUGUGUUCGUCGGUACGCACUUGCAACCGAAGCCGCGGUCGAUUGGAUCGAACCGCAGCAACCGGCAGUCGGUGGCCGUUUCUUCAUGAGGGUAUUUGAAACUUCGCGUUUGCGAAAUCGAGCCAAGCGCUAUCGAGUAAUGAUGAUAAGCCAGCGGGAUAUCUUCAACAUAGGUAUUAGGGCAGCACUUUUCCGGUAACACGGAAGUUUGGUCAGCGAAAGCUGAGACUGCACCUCGAAAAGGUGAAAAUUGGCACAUUCAAACGUUUCUUGAUAGCAACAAUUAUUGUAAACACUGCUAGGUAAUUCAAAUUGUGUAGCACCGUUAGCUUAAGCUUAGACUAUAAUAAAUCUCAUUUUUAAAUGCCUUCCGG